UAAAGAAGUUGUCGCUAAAAGAAGUGACGUUAGAAAACUGAAAGAAUCAAUGACGACCGUAGGAUUUUUGUCUAUUGGUAUGGAAAUAAUUGCUCCGAAAGUGUCGCUAAAGGCUUAUGCAGAUAUAUUGGUUUCUUCCACUUUUAGCGGCGCGGUUAAUCGAUAAUCGUCACGAUUAUCAGCUGAAUUCUACUCUCGCUUACCCUUCAAGUUUGGGGCAGACGAUUUCUCCUAAAAUAUUAGCUCAUUCCUCCCACCUCAGUUCGACUUGAAUUUCAUAAGACAAAGUUUACAACCAUGAGCUGGAAUUUAAAGUAAUCUGCUUUCUGUAACGAUCUUUGGCGUAAAAGAGAGUGUUUGGAGCUUUUAAUUUGUUGAAAGAGAAUGAGGACCAAGCGAAAACGAGCAUGCAAGAAAUCCCCAGCCAGAAAAUCAGCUGCAGUGGCCAGAAAUGGAAAAGCAACGAACCAAAGUGAAAAGGCAGUGAACCAAAAUAAGGAAGCAUUUUUAACUUCUAUUAACAAAAUUAACAAAGAAGACUCUGUGUCUGCAGACUCUAACGAUUUGGAAGUAACUGAUAAGUGUGAUUCUGACCCUGAUGAUGCCAAGAGAAAUUCAUCAUCAUCGUCCUCUUCUAGUGACAGCGAUGAGUCAUUUAGUGCUGAAGAUAGUAGCUCUGGUGACUCGCAAUCAAUUGAUAGGAGAUCUAGGAAAUCAACUAAAGGACAUGGUAAUGGAAAGCAGAAAGCAAGUAAAUUGCCAAAGAAAGGGAGGAAAGAUGAUGUUAAGUCAUCUAAGUUAUUGCGGUCUUCUGGUAAAAGGCAAGAUGAAUUUAAGAUGCCUCAGCAGGAUCCUCGCUACAAUAAGAAAGAAUUGGAAGCUGCAUUGGAGGUGAUAAAGAAAAUUAUGAAGAUGGAUGAGGCUCAACCAUUCAAUGUCCCUGUAGAUCCUGUUGCUUCAGGGAAACCUGAUUACUAUGCUGUAAUAGAUACUCCAAUGGAUUUUGGUAUGAUAUGUAGUAAUUUAGAAAGUAGCAUGAAGUACUUGAACUCAGAAGACGUGUUUAAUGAUGUACAAUACAUUUGGGAGAACUGCUGCAAGUGCAACAAGAAAGGAGAGUAUAUAGUAUAUCUAAUGAAACGAGUGAAGAAAAAGUUCAUGAAGUAUUGGACAGCUGCUGGCUUGAGCAUUAAACAAUCAAGACAGAUUAAUGUGGGAACUUCGUACAAACCAUCUACCACAGACUAUGCUACAAGGCAUAGUGGGCUUGAGCCCUUCUAUCAGGUGAGCAGUGCAGUAGGAGGUGCCAGUCAGAUGCAGCAGGAUCAAUUGGGAUUUAGUCAGCCAUAUGGAUAUAUGCCUCCAUUCAGCUAUAGCCAACCUCAUCAAUUACCACAACCUACACCAAGCACUUCAUGGCCACAGUUCUCCCCUUUGCCCCCAGUCAGUUAUCAUCAACAUUGUCAGUCACAGCAUCCACAGCCUAGCACUAACCAGUCCCAAUUCUCCCAAUUACAAGCUUGCACAGGCUGUAACAAUGCAGGAUAUUCGCAUUUGCAACCACCUAAAGAAAUUGCCCCAAAACACAAAAAGCAUGAACCUUCAUCAAAACACAAAAAGAAUGCAGCUAUGGCUCCUACUGCUUCAAUAUGUGGUGGUGCACCGAGUGAUUCCCAUGCACAACAGCCACAGUUAAGCAACAAGCAACCAUAUUUUCUGCGGCAGCGGCAGAGCAUCAGCCCACUACAACCCUCUCAAUUGCAUGCUGCUGCAGAUGGUGACAUAGCCCCAAAACUCAAAAAACAUGCAUCUAUGUCGAAACACAGAAAGAACUCGUCUAUGAAUCCUGCAAGCUCCAUUCAUGGUGGGCCACCUGGCCAUUCCCAGACACAAUUGCAAGCUGUUGUAAAUGGUGCAGAUUAUACAAGGUCCAGUGGUUAUGUUCCCUUAUAUCCUGUGGAUCCCAUGGCUGUCCCUGGCCAAUCACAUCCCCAACAGUCCCCGUUGAGCCGUAGUGAAUCUAGUGAACCUCAGCAACUGCAUCCAAAGACAAGCCAUUGCCGGCCUCAGUCAUCCCAGCUGCAAGAUAAUUUAGAUAUUGAAUAUUCACACAUGUCACUUACAGAUUCUGCCUUGAGGGGUAUUAGAUGUGCACUUGAGUAUUCUGCCCGCCCCACAACCAACAAAUCUAACAAAGCAAAUCAGGACCAAUUGGCCUCUGUCAAUCUCCAGCCUGAGCAGACUCCGCAGAGCCCGGAACAUCCACAGCGCAUAACAAAGAAGAAGAGAGGAAGAGGUCCCACUCGCUGCCACUUCUUGAAUGACUUGGCAGAUGGUGAGCGGAUUUUUGUUCAUUUCAACAAGUUUGGACAGCCUGUUGGUCCUGAGUCAUCCAAGCUAAGCAGCUUCCUGGGCACUAUAGCACGGAAUGGACACAAGGCACCCCUUAAUUUUGUUCACUGGAGAGCAAUGCCAGAUUCUUACAAAGAGGAAAUGUGGGAGUAUGUUCAGACAAAGUUUUCCCUUGAUCCAAGUGGCAAGUCCUGGGUCAUGCAGUCUAUUGCUACAAAAUGGAGGAAUUGGAAGGCAGAUCUAAAGGCAACAUAUUAUGAUUCUCUUAAAACAGAUGAAGAGCGCUUGAAGGUACGUGAUCCAAGAGUUGUUCCUGAUCAAUGGCCAAGCCUUAUCUCAUAUUGGAGCUCUGAUGACACAAAGAAACAUUGUGCUACGAAUAGGGCUAACCGUUUAAAACAGAGGAGUGGACAUUCUUCAGGGACUAAGAGUUAUGCAAGGAUACUUGAGGAGGAGCGAAACAAAAGGCCUGAUGGGAAGGAACCAACUAGAGCUGAGCUUUAUAUCUUAACACAUACACGCAAGAAUGGACAGCCUGUUGAUGAGACUGCGGCAGAAUUAAUUUCAAAGAUCCGUGAACAGGAAGCUAAGAAAGAGACUACCUCACAAUGUAGUGAUGAGUCAAAUGACACAUUGUGUCGAGUUAUGGGAGAAGAAAACCAUAACCGUGUGCGAACUUAUAGAAUGCGUUCCACUUGUACUGAUCUUUUUGGUCCAAUAUCUAGCCGUGAUGACCUGGUGAGAAUGGCUUCUGAGGCCAAAAAGUCGGCAGAUGAAGAGGUGCGCAAGAUGGUAGUGAAAAUGGAGGCUAUGGAGGAAAAAUAUGCACGUAUGGAAAACCAUAUAGCUAGAAUGACUUCAAGCAUGGAGAAGUUUCUCAAGAAGGUUGGUGGAUCUUCAAAUACUUUGGGUCUCGAACAGGCUGCAGAACCAGAAGAAGAUGAUGCUUAAUGGACUUCUUCACCCACCAUUAUGUUGAAUGUGGCUUUAUGCUGAUUCUAUUUGUAAGUGUUUUAAUUUUGCAUGUUGAACCUGUGGAACUUGAAUCGUUGAAGGAAUGCCCUUUCAUUAUAAAUAUGAUUGGAACUGAAAUUAUUGUAAAAUUGCAACAAAUCUGUUUUUCUGAAUGAUUAUGGAAGUUGUUAGGCAAAA